GUCUUUCAGUUUGCGGUGAAAGAAUCACUUAUAACAAAACUGCCAACAAACGAAUUAAUGAAUCCAUCCCAGAAGAAGAAAAGGAAGCACAGGUUGUGGGCCGCGCACUGCAGGAAGAUCCAGCUGAAGAAAGAUAACUCACCGACACAGGUUUACAACUACCAGCCCUGUGACCACCCCGAGCAUCCCUGUGACAGCUCCUGCCCUUGCAUCAUGACUCAGAAUUUCUGUGAGAAGUUCUGCCAGUGCAAUCCUGACUGUCAGAACCGCUUCCCAGGCUGCCGCUGUAAAACCCAGUGCAACACCAAGCAGUGCCCGUGCUACCUGGCUGUGCGAGAGUGUGACCCGGACCUCUGCCUGACCUGCGGGGCCUCUGAGCACUGGGACUGCAAGGUGGUCUCCUGCAAGAACUGCAGCAUCCAGCGAGGCCUCAAAAAGCAUUUGUUGCUGGCACCGUCAGACGUUGCCGGCUGGGGGACUUUCAUCAAGGAAUCUGUGCAGAAGAACGAGUUCAUCUCCGAGUACUGCGGUGAGCUUAUUUCACAGGAUGAGGCUGACCGACGAGGGAAGGUCUAUGACAAGUACAUGUCCAGCUUCCUCUUCAACCUCAAUAAUGAUUUUGUUGUUGAUGCCACCCGCAAAGGAAAUAAAAUCCGCUUUGCCAAUCACUCGGUGAACCCCAAUUGCUACGCCAAAGUUGUGAUGGUGAAUGGAGACCACCGGAUUGGGAUCUUCGCCAAGAGAGCCAUCCAGGCGGGAGAGGAACUCUUCUUUGAUUACAGGUACAGCCAGGCAGAUGCCCUGAAGUACGUCGGCAUAGAGAGGGAGACAGAUAUCAUCUAGGCUCUGUGCAGGGCGGUCCCCAGCACACCUUGCUGCUGCACCUUGUAAGCAAUGCCAUGUUUGCUUCACGCUGACAUGACUGCUGCUGUUCCUGUUGCUGUGUGUGUCACAAGCGCAACUUUCCAUC